UCCAUUAAUGAUAGCAAUGGAAGAGGUGAAAAGUGAUGUGAUUCUGUCUGGCUACAUCAUCACUUUUCUGCUGGGCCUGCCUGCCAACCUCCUGGCCUUCUACGCUUUCACUGUCAAGAUCCGCAAAAAGCCCACACCCACAGACAUUCUCCUGCUCAACUUGACCGUGUCUGACCUGGUCUUUCUGCUCUUCCUGCCCCUCAAGAUGUACGAGGCUGCCAACAACAUGCAUUGGGACCUGCCUGAGUUCCUCUGCUCCAUAACCUCCUUCGUCUUCUUCUCCACUAUUUAUACCAGCUCCUUGCUGCUGAUGACUGUCAGUGUGGUGCGCUACAUUGGGGUAGCCUUUCCCAUCACCUACCAUCAGGUCCACAAGCCUGUCUAUGCUAUGGUGGCCAGCACAAUCGUGUGGCUUUUCAGCGCAGCCCACUGCAGCAUUGUGUUCAUCGUCCAGCACCACCCGGGCAUUUCCUCUGGAAACAAAACUGUCUGCUAUGAGGGCUUCACUGAUGAACAACUGUACGUGCUCUUAAAGGUGCGUCUAGGGUUCUUCUUUUCCCUCUGCUUCAUACCUCUCCUGGUCUGCAUCUUCUGCUACCUCAGCUGCAUCUGGAUCCUCUACACACGCCCCAGGAUCAGCCAUGGCCAGAAACGGAAGGCCAUUGGGAUGGCGCUGGGUACUCUGGCCGUGUUCCUGGUCUGUGUCCUACCCUACAACAUCUCUCACGUGACAGGUUUUUUGGAUGGAAAUAGCCCGCAUUGGAGGUACUAUACCCUGCUGCUGAGCACCUUCAACACCUGCCUGGAUCCCAUUAUCUUCUACUUUUCAUCCUCUGAAUUCCGCAACACUACCAAGAUACCUAUCAGUAAGAUACUAGUACUAAAACAGGAUCCGGCUGCACUCCAAAGGGAAAGCACAAAAGAUGAUUUGAGCAUAGAGGAUGAAAUGUAG